GAGCCAGCCACUUCAUUUGCUGGAUAAGACAGACAGUUGUGUACCGUAUGAUCUCACUUAAUCGUUUUAAUAAAUGACAUCAAAUAGUGUACUGCGGAUUCGCCGUGGGCCUGCGGCCAGCUGUUCCUUGGAAACCUCGCACAGGAGGAGGAGGAGGAGGAGGGGGGACAUUUGUCCCGCCGCUGUCGGAUGCUGAAACGCGCAGUCAGUCAGCCUGUGGAUGCUUGAUGUCCAUUAUGAAACGCAGUGCUGCGCUGGCUGUACAAUAUGAGGCGCAGUUCCUCUGAGAUCAAAUGAAUUACGGGAAAUCUGUUUAGGUGCAACAUCUUCCUGUGGCGCGGACAGUUCAAGGUGGUCCAGCAUCUUCCCCAGGAGCCUUCUGCUUCCUCUUCUCUUGGACUGUGGAUAACAUAAAGCCUUCAAGACGGAGGGGGUGGUGGAGCAUCGAGGAAAAAACAGGGGCAAUAUGAGAGAGCGGGACUUCAUGCCCAAUAUGGAGAGGGGCAAACCUGCUACUUAUACGGGGGACAAAAAGGCUAAGAUGGCUGCUAAGACUAACAAGAAGUGGGUGAGACUAGCCACUGUUUUUGCAUAUGUGUUGUCUGUGUCCUUAGCAGCCAUUAUCCUGGCAAUUUACUAUAGCCUGAUCUGGAAGCCAACCAGCGCAUCCUCUUCUGCUGGGAAGCCGGUGGUGCCCACUCCGACUGCAAACAUCUCAACUAACAUCUCCACAAACGACAACAUGACAGAGUGGAACUCUACGCAAACACGGCUGUUAUCUCUCAACCAGACCAGGCAGGUCACAACCCCGCACGGUCCGGCGAUUCAGUGGGGUGACAGAGCGGAGAGAGUGGCGGUUUCCCCGCGGGGUGCGGGAGCAGAAAUUGCGCACUCGCAGCAGGAGGAAGGACUCUACGCGUCUUCCCACGGUCACACGAGCGCGGAGAGGUCGGGCGCUUUGGGUACAGAGACGCAAGGGUCUUCUCAACCCCGCGUGAGCCACUACAUCUCGUCGAGCACCGCGAGGGAGUCUGUCGCUGAGGACAAGGGGGAGAGGGAGUCGCGCGGGGUGACAGAAAAGCGCGAGCCCGAAGACGCUAUCACUCUUCCUCCGACCUGAACGGCGAGCCGAGGUGGCCAUGGAAGAGACUGGUCGGGCCUAAUCCCCAUCACCACACCAUCCUUAGGACCCCCCCCCCCAUAUUUAAAACAGCUACCCCCCCCCAAAAAAAGGAGUGUUUUACAUUCUCAGUACCGCAGGUCGGAUAACUCACGUCUUUCAAGUGAAUUUGCAGAGCCCCGUAUGGAUACUGAACUGCACAUGUUAACAGACAUCUUGCUUUUAUUACCGAGAAAAGAGGAGAGCUCCUCCGUGGACCCUGUCCCCCCUUAACUAUGCGUUUCCUUUUUCUUUUGUUUUAGGCCAUCUGUAUGCCUUAAAUCAGUGUGUGUCUACUUUACCUCGGACAGUUUCUGAGGCCACUAACCUGCCUGUAUGUGUGCAACACUGAUAUAUAUAUAAAUAUAUAUACACACUCUUUCCUAUUCAUUUAACAAUAUAUAUUGUUAAACGAAUAGGAAAGAGGCUCCAGAGAUGCGUUUUGCAGGACCUAAAUAUGUCUUGCAGGCAUACAGCUCCUCACAUCACUGCCAUUCUUCAGCCAGUUUAAAUCAAUACUACAUUAUUGCAUUUUUAACACAUAGGCCGUUUCUCCUUUCAUGGAUUAAACCCAGGACACCAAGUAGAAGGACCUACGUUAUUGAGUUAUGCUCAGGUAUGUGCAUAUAACCAUGUAAAUGUAUUGUGUAUUUGGUUGUGUACAUAUAAGGCAGGCAUACAUCUUUGGGCCUUGACUUAACUUUUAGCAUAAUUAGAUGAUUUUUAUUAAAGCUAUAGUAUGUAUGAUAGGAGGAACUAUAUCACAAGGUUACAAAUAAACAUCCUAAAAUGAUUCAUUUCUAUGGUUUUAUAACAGAUGUAUGUAACUCAAGAAUUAGUCACUGACAUUAUCCUGUAUGUUACCAAUAUUUUAUUUAUUUAGAGCCAUAAUGGAUACUAUAGAUUCAAAUAAAUGAUAGUUUUUUCCUAACAUCUUACACUGGGUUUUAUAUAGAGAGUUAUUUACAUGAACUCUUUGGAGUGCAAGUAUAAUUAUUGAUUGAUAUGAAGGCGUAGGUUCGACAGAAGUAACAGCAGCGCCGGCACAAAGAGGACUCAGUUUAGAGUCAGUGUUUGUUCUUGGGGUUUAAUCAGAUUUGGGCUCUUUGAAUCACCUGAGUGAACCGUCCAGCCUGUGAUCAGAGGGACUGUCGGCUUUUCUCAGAGAAAGAGAAACCUUCACCUCGCAGUCUACCACAGUUUUGGUGUGCUGCAGCUCUCACUGAAACCACUUCACACAGUCACAUGUGGUGAACUAUGAAGUGGAAAUAAGACCAACCACCCCAUGCGCUCUCUCAGCAGCAUGUGAGGGAGGUGUAUUGAUUUGCGAGCUCUGUUGUUACACUGUACAAAAGAGAGAAGAACACAUUACACAAUGCCGCUUGGUGCUAUUUUGAUCCAGCUCCCUCUGAAAAGGCCUAUUUGGCUGAAAGGUUUCCGUGCUGGCUGUGACCAGCGUCACUCACUAUUGCACCGAAAAUAAAACCACUUGAUUUCCUC